GUGGCGGGGUUGGAGGGGGAUGUGAGGGUGGAGAGGGCGGUUGGGGUUUUGAUGGGUUGGGUUGGGGGUGGUGGUGGUAUUGGUAAUAUUGGUGGUGGUGGUGGUUCAAGUGGUGGUGGGAAGGGGGGGAUGGGGUUGGAGGAGAGGGUGGUGCUGUUGGAUGGGGUGGUUACGGGGCUGUGGGGGGUCGGGGAGGCGAAGGGGCGGUUUGAGAGGGUGGUGAGGGGGUUUGAGGGGUGGGUUGGCGGGGUGGAGAGGGUUUUGGAGGGUCGGCGACGUGGAGACGGAAAGGGGGACGAGGCGGCGGAUGGGGAGGAGCUUUUUAUACCAACGCCGUCGGCGGCCUGGCGGGAGGAGCAUGCGGCGCUUGUUCGGCGUCUGGACGAGUGGCGGCGGAACUUGCGGGAUCUGGGCGAGGCGCCGCCUGCUGAGGAAGGGGAGGAGCCGUCGAGUCUGAGCCGGAUAUUGGCGGGGUGCCGCGCGCUGGUGCACGGGAUGCUGGCCGAGCUGGAGCUGAUGGAGCAGAUGGAGCGGGAGGCGGUGGCGGACGAGAUGGCGUGGGUGAAGGAGAUGAAUCGGAAGGGGUCGGGCGGGACAGAGGAGGGGACGCCGAGGGCCGGGGCGAUUUGGAGGGUUUUGUGAUGGGAGGGAUCGUAUAGCAUAGGAUGGAGGUUGGCAUGGAUGGGGGCGUAAUUGUAUAACAUAUGAAGGAGGUUGGCAUGGAGGGGUAUGAGGAUGGGUAAACGUAUGACAGACAUAUCAUGUUCAGGCAGGCAGAUACCAUUGUUUAACGCGGAAAAUUGCUUCACUUCUACUUGACAAUUUCUACCUGCCCGC